AUGUCAUUGCCUCAGUGGGUUCAGGACGCUGUUGAGAAGGGUCAGGACUUGUCAGUGUGUCUCGAGUUGUGGAAACAUGCUACGGCAGUUGAUAGAGAUGAACGUGCUACACAGAGAGAGGAGAAGAAACAAGAGAUGGAACUACAACGAAUGGCCAUGGAGAAAGAUGCAGAAAAACAGAAACUGGACGUAGAAAGGGAAAUGGAGGAAAAAAGGUUGCAGGUAAAAAUGAGAGAAUUAGAUCUACAGGAACAGGCAAUGAAAACCAAGGGUAAACCGGGUGAUAGUGAGACCAAAGAACAGAAGCAUGAGGUAAAGUAUCUACUUCCAAAAUAUGUAGAAGGUGAAGAUAUAGAUGUUUUCAUCAGGUCAUUUGAAAGACUGGCUAAUCUGCAUAAGUGGCCGAAGGCAGAGUGGGCAAUACGACUAGUUCCACAAUUGACGGGUAAGGCACUAGAUAGUUAUGCACGGUUGAGGGAAGUUGAGUCAAAUGAUUAUGACGUCAUUAAGAAGGCCAUACUCAAAAGGUAUGAUUUGACGGCUAGUACUUACAAGGAUAAGUUUAGGGCAUGUAAACAAGAUCCUAAUGAAACAUUCAGAGAGUUUUACACUCGUUCAUUGAAUUAUUUCGAGCACUGGUGUCAGAUGGAGAGAGUUGGCGAGAAUUUUGUAGUGUUGGUAGAUGUGCUUAUGAGGGAGCAGCUGAUCAACAGUUCAUCAAAGGAUUUGCAGGUAUGGUUGAAAGAAAGAAAACCAAAAUCAGCAGAUGAAAUGAUCGAGCUUGCUGAAGCAUAUCAGAAUGCACAUCGUGGGUCUGUGAUCAUGAACAAGGUUCAUGCACAGGGUAAUCCGAAGGACAGUAGAGGUAAGUCUCAUGAACAGAAACCUGUGUCGGGUAAUCCACAAAGUAAAUCUGAAAAGAAGUGUUUCUUGUGUCAUAGAAUAGGUCACUUCAUAAGCAAAUGUCCAUUACGCAAAUCGACGGAUAAAGAUGCAAAUGCUGAAAAACAGUGGGGAGGAAAACCUAAACCUGGUCAAUCACAGGAAAAAGCAGGUUUAGUGCAUUCACCAACAAUGACGAGAAAGGGACAAACUUUAGAGUUACCCAUGGCGGUGGAAGCAAAAGGAUUUCAUAAGGACACAAAGAAGAGUGGACUUAAGAUUGAGUCGGGAAUGGUGAAUGGUAAGGAAGCAUCUGUUUUGCGUGACACUGGGUGCACAUCUAUUCUGGUGGCAGAGAAGUUAAUCAGAAGAGACGAUUUAACAGGGGGCGUAAGUGAGGUGACCCUGGCGAACGGAUGUUUGGAGAAAUGUCCGGAAGUGUGGAUUGAAGUCGAUACAACCUAUGUCAAAGGUAAGGUGGUGGCUUUAGUCAUGAAUACACCAUUUGCAGAUUUGAUAAUAGGAAAUUACACACGAGUAGAUAUCCCUACUGAAAGGAACGACAUUGAGAAAAUGUCAAGGUCAGUAACAGACACUUGUCAGGCUGUGGAGACAAGGUCAUCGGCAAAAAGAAAACCAGUUCAGAAGGAAGUGGUAGACAUUGGUCAGGAGUUUGGUGGACAAUACUCUAGAGAGGAAUGGAUUGAGGAGCUAAGAAAUGAUCCUACGUUGGAUGUCUACAAAAAACGAGUUGGUGAUGGUACUCCCAAAGACGGAGGCGGCUACAUAUCACUUGAGAAAGGUAUGUUAUACAGACAUUUCAAAUCAGAUGCAACCAAGGAAAUCGUAAAACAGUUACUGGUACCAGCGAAAUUUCGCAGUCGAAUUCUUUCACUGGCCCACGAUAUUCCUAUGGCGGGUCAUCUUGGAAUAAAGAAAACCAGGGAAAGAAUAUUGAAAUAUUUCUUUUGGCCAGGAAUUUUCGACGACACUAAGAAAUACUAUAGAUCCUGUCCGAAAUGUCAAAAAGGAACUUCGAAAACCAAGGUGAGUAAAGUUCCGUUAAUUCAAAUUCCUAGAAUUGACGUACCUUUCCAGCGAAUAGCAAUAGACAUGGUAGGACCAUUACCUAGAACCAAAAGGGGAAAUCAGUACGUAUUGGUAAUUUGUGACUAUGCUACUAAGUACCCUGAAGCAAUACCUUUAAAAAGUCAGGAAGCAGAAGUUGUCGCGGAGGCAAUGGUUGAGGUUUUCUCGAGGGUAGGUGUACCAAAAGAGAUUUUAUCAGAUCAAAGUACAAACUUUAUGUCAUCCCUGAUGUCGGAGUUAUGUCGACUGUUGAGCAUACACAAGUUAAACACAACUCCGUAUCAUCCUCAAGCAAAUGGUCUGGUCGAGCGGUUUAAUGGGACUUUAAAGAAGAUGCUACAAAUCUAUGCACAGGAUGAGCCAGGUAAGUGGGAUAAGCUUUUGCCAUAUCUCCUAUUUGCUUAUAGGGAAGUUCCACAGGAAUCGACAGGCUUUGCACCAUUUGAGCUGAUGUAUGGGAGACAUGUCAGAGGACCACUCGCUAUUCUGAGAGAAAGUAUCGAUGGUGAGGAAGACGAGAGUCGUCAGUUGCAACCCUCAAUACUCAGCUACAUCAUUGAGAUGCGCGAGAAACUGGCAAGGAUGGCAGAUCUCGUAUCAGAGAAGGAACAGGACAGUAAAACGGACCAGAAAAGGUAUUACGACCGAAAUGCGAGAAAUAGGUCAUUUGAAGUCGGGGACAAAGUCCUGGUAUUGUUACCGACGAGUACAAAGAAAAUAUUGGCACAGUGGAAAGGACCUUUUCCUGUAUUGGAGAAAGUAAGUCCGGUAGACUACAGAGUACGGUAUGACAACGGCGGUACCAAAGUUUACCAUGUCAACAUGCUAAAACGCUGGUUUGAAAGAGAUGAAGAGAAUGAGAAGCAAGUUAUAGCAGCAGUAUGUAUUGCAGAUCAUUCGGAAGAGGAUACUGAGUGCAUUGAUAAUCCCUUGGUGGAUCCAAGAGACAAUUUCAAAGAUGUCAAGAUAUCCGACACAUUGUCUGAGGAACAGAAAACGGAACUCAUGGAAUUGCAGAGGGGAUUUAAGAAGCUAUCUGGGUCAUAUCAGGCAGUACUCUCAGCAUUUCAUCGGCGUUACCCAGUAUCGUUGUUCAGUGAGAGACCUGUGAGUCCGGGACUGGAAGCGGAGGGGCUGUUCGAGCUGUAUGGAGGCCUGGUUGUGCCAAGUGUGACGUGGCGUUAA